AUGGCCAAUGGAGAAGUGCCUUCCUCCAACGGCUACAUGCAAGCGGCCGCCGCUCCUCCCGCUCCUCCCGCUCCCCGACCCAAGCUCGCCUCUUCCACCCCCUCCCCAUCGGCUAAAGCGCAGCUGUCUUCCGCGAAGCCGCAACCCGCUUCCGCCAAAGCGCAGCCUGCUUCCGCCAAGGCGCAGCCUGCUUCCGCCAAGGCGCAGCCUGCUUCCGCCAAAGCGCAACCUGCUUCCGCCAAAACGCAGCCUGCAUCGAGCAAGGCGCAAGCUACCCCCGCCGCCAUCUCAGCCGCUGUUGCCGCCGCUGCCGCCGCUUGCACCAGUGCCAGCGCCGCUGCAGCGUCGCCGGAAGCCGCAAGCGCACCACCCGCGCCGUCCGCCGCCGCUUUCUCUGAGGCACCUCGAGACUCGCCUUCUGUCGCCCCCUUUCCCGAAGCGCCUCAAAGGUCGCCGUCAGCAGCAGCCGCUGCUGCUGCAACGGCGACACCGACGCGGGCGGCAACGUCAUCGCCGCCGCCGCCGCUGCCGCCGCCGCUGGCGCUUCCCGCGCCGUCUCCUCCGCCGCUGCAUGUGCAGCUUCAGCUGCUGCACUUCCCGUACUUGUCGGAAGCAUGGACGGCUGAGGAGCAACGGCUGCUGGAUCAAGGGCUCGCAAGGUUCCCCGCGGAUCAGUUCCCCCCCGCCCAGCGCUACCUCAAGAUCGCGGCGACCCUGCCGGAGAAGACCGCCCGGGACGUGGCUCUGCGCUGCAAAUGGCUGCAGAGGAAGGAGGCGGGCAAGAGGCGGAGGGCGGAGGAAAUCACAGCAGCCAAGAAGCCCAAGGACAAAAAG